GAGAAGAUAACUCUAAGAAAAUGGUAGAGAGUGGAAGAAUAGCAACUUUAGGAGGGGAAGAAGGUCCGGCGAUCGGAAUCGAUCUGGGAACAACAUACUCUUGUGUAGGAGUAUGGCAGCCUCAGCAUGACCGUGUUGAGAUCAUCACCAACGAUUUGGGCAACCGUACGACGCCGUCAUGGGUUGCAUUCACGGAACUGGAACGUCUUAUUGGCGAAGCUGCCCAGAACCAGGCCGCAAAGAAUCCCACCAAUACCAUUUUCGAUGUGAAGAGGCUGAUAGGUAGAAAUUUUAGUGAUGAAACGGUACAGAAUGACAUGAAGCACUGGCCAUUUAAAGUCAUAGCUGGCGGAGAUAGUGGAAGUGGAGAGAGACCUAUGAUUGCAGUGACAUACAAGGGUGAAGAGAAGCAUUUUGCUGCUGAGGAGAUAUCCUCAAUGAUCCUCCGGAAGAUGAGGAAUAUUGCUGAGGCAUACCUAGCCAAACAAGUCAAGAAUGCUGUUAUCACUGUUCCUGCCUACUUCAAUGAUACCCAACGCCAAGCAACGAAAGAUGCUGGUCUAAUUGCAGGGCUUAAUGUUCUGCGGAUCAUCAAUGAACCUACAGCUGCUGCAAUUGCCUAUGGUCUUGACAAAAAGGGAAAACAAAGUGGUGAUUGUGGUUUGAAGAACAUACUGGUAUUUGAUCUUGGUGGUGGCACUUUUGAUGUAUCCAUCGUUUCAAUGAAGGGGGAUGUGUUUGAAGUUAAAGCAGUUAAUGGAGACACUCACAUUGGUGGAAGCGAUUUCAAUAACCAAAUGCUUAGCCACUUUGUAAUGGAAUUCCAAAGGAAGCACAAAAAAGACAUAAGUUCAAACCCUCGAUCUCUUGCACGUCUGAGAGCAGCUUGUGAGAGGGCCAAAAGAAACCUCUCCUCUGUUACUGAAACUUCUAUCGAGAUUGACUGUCUUUUUGAAGGCAUCGAUUUCUCUUUGAGGAUCACCCGUGCACUGUUUAACAAAAUGAAUUUGGAUAUGUUCAAUGAUUGCAUUGAUUUAGUUGAGAGGUGUUUAGAGGAUGCUCAGAUGGAGAAGGGUGAUAUUCAUGAUAUUGUUCUGGUUGGUGGGUCUACCAGAAUCCCAAAGGUUGAGGAAUUAUUACAGGACCUUUUUGAGGGUAUGCAGCUCUUUAAAAGUAUAAAUGCUGAUGAGGCUGUUGCAUAUGGUGCAGCUUUUCAUGCUGCAUCCCUCACUGGUGCCUGUUCGGGUGUGAUUAAGGAUGUUGUGCUUGUGGAUGUCACUCCAUAAUCUAUUGGUUGUGAGGUGGUUGGUGGCAUAAUGUCUGUUGUGAUUCCAAGGAAUACCCCUAUCCCUACAAAGAUGAAGAGCGACUACACAACUGCUAAUGAUGACCAAACCAGUACUCGGGUUUCGGUUUACGAGGGAGAGAUGCCUUUUGUAAAAGAUAACAACUUUCUGGGUGAAUUUCGCCUCACUGGCAUUCCUCCAGCGCGUGCAGGUGUUGCUACGAUCCAUGAAAUUUUCGAGAUUGAUGCCAAUGGCAUAUUGACUGUAUCUGCUGAACUAGUUGGCAGUGACAACCAGAACCAGAUAACUAUAACUAAUCACAGCGGGAGGUUGUCUAAACAUGAGGUUGAUCGUAUGGUUGAGGAGGCAGAAGUGUACAACGCUCGAGAUGAGGAGUCCAAGAAAGCAUCCGCAGCAAAAAAUGAUUUGGAGAAUUACAUUCUCUACGCAAAGGAUAUUCUGAGUGUCUGUGGGAAGAGGGUUAGAGUGAAGGACAGGAUGACUCUUAAAGACGCAGUUGAAAACACUGUUGAAUGGUUAGAAGAGAAUGACCAACAUAGCGAUGCUUUUGAAUUUGAUGAAAUGAGAGAGGAGCUGGAGAGCAUAUGUGAGUCUGUUGUAACAAAGAUGAAACCUCAGCAGGGAAGGCAUACGUCCUUCCCUAGAUCCUUGAGAUAUAUAGGAGCAAUGGAGGCAGAGGAAGCUUGACGAAUGAAUGUUAUGGAACUUUUUACCUUUUGGUAUUUC